CCUUUCGGGAAGCAGAAGGCAUCUAAGCAUCAAUGAAAAGUGUCCCAUAUUCGAUCGAAAUCGAUUGCAAAUCAACGCAACCACUGGCCCGAGAUUCGGCUGCUAUUUCGCUCCCGGAACGGUGUCGUCCGACGCCAUUUUAGAAUUGAUAUUUAUACAGGGGGAAGAAAAAAAAAAGUUUCAGCUGCAUGCCGUACUACGACGGUGUGCCGUGCGUAUGCGAAAGCUGUGUGUACGGCUGUGUGUGUGUGUGUGUUGUGUUGCUCUCGGGUGCAUUUUUACAACGACGUAACGAGUUGCUUCGCGUUUUUGCAUGCUCGGCUGUGUGUUGCCGCUAAAUAGGGUAGGCUAGUGGCCGGGUUGCGGCUGUUCACGGGAACGUGAGUCAGUUCGGUGUAAGAAGCAUCCUUGGAUGCAGUUUUUCGGGUGAAAGUGCCCUGUGCGUGUGAGGUAAAAAGAAGAAGGAAGAAGAUUGGCGAGUGCGUGAGCGAGAAAGAUAGUGUGUGGGGUUGUCGUUCGCUCGGUCGCGUGUGUGUGUGUGUGUACGUGAGCUAGAACACCCGUUGGCCGCGGAGUGUGGCAAUGUAUGGUGCAUUUUAUUAGGAAACCGAUCAAAGUGAGUGUGCGUGUGUUAAAAACACAGAAAAAAGUAGUAAUAGUGAUUGAAAUCGCCGUGAAGGCUUCGCGACGAUGGUGAUGUUUUGAUCGUUGACAAGGCGUACUUGUUGUGUUGUCAUCGACCGUGCGCGUGUGUUGGUGUGCCGUCGGUGGUUCGUCGUACGUAACCAGUCAAAACAGGCGCCACUACACACCACUACACGACUCCGUGCUGUGACACGGACGCUGGAUGGAUGUGUGAGUGCAUUUGCACUAGCUUACUCUGUGUGGCUCCAUGCGGGUUUGAAAAGUCAUACUAGUUGCGAUGCAACACGCUUAUGAGUCAAAAGCGGAACAACACAGUCAAGCAAGCGCUUAGUUAUUGUACGGUUGGAGAAUCAUCGUGUGUCCGAUUGCCUACGCAAAAAUGACCGUCGUGAAAAGCAAUACAACCGACGCCACCAAUCCUGGGGAUAACGUCAAAUCGCCUCUAUCGUCAUCAUCGUCCUCCUCUUCCUCAUCCGACUCGGAUGAUGGAUCGGACUCGUCGAGCGAUUCCGAUUCCUCGUCGGCAUCUACGAGUAAGACCAGCAGCAAGCAGAGCACUGGUGGUGGUGGUCCACCCGAAAAGCCCCAACAGUUUAGUGUUAUGAGUUCCGAUAGUGCCGGACUUCGAAUGAAGAUAGCUAUUCCUCGAAGCCAAUCCAAUGCGACACCAACGCCUUCCCCUACGUCGCUCGGCCCAAACCAUCAGCAGCAACAGGAUGUUCCGCCCCUCUCGGGAGCAGCAGCUGAUCGGCGACAGAAAAGUGGUGAAACUGCUGCGAGCGAAACAACGGCUGCUGCAGCAACGACACAGGUUGUGCCACAAAACGCCCCCGGUAGUGAUCCAAAUGGGAAAAAAGCAUCCACCGCUAACAGUGGAACGAGUGCCAUCGGGGUGGAGAGCUCAUCGAGCCGAGGUAGAACCGCAUCCGCCCAACAAGUGUCUACCGAAGGCGGUAGUAAAAUCAUCCAUCCUAAGCAGCACGCAAAAGCAUCCGACAAAAGGGUUCACGAGCAGCGCGCAAGAACACUCCAUUCCAGCAAGUCCACCAAACAGCGGUCGGCAGCUUCGGGGAAUAAUGGGGGUGGUGGUGUGGGUCGAACGAAGAAAAGCGUCAGCGAAAGUGAUUCCAGCUCGCCCAGCUCGUCGUUUUCGUCCUGCACGAGCAACAGUGAUAGCGAUUCGAGCAGCACCGCCGGUGACAAUGGCAAACUUAGCGCGGGCGAUAAAUCUACUAAGCCAACGGUUGGAGGACGAAGUUCGGCCGCAACAAGCGCAAGGUCAAAAUCGACGACCGUAGCGACGGGAAACGCUAUCGCUGCGGGAAAGAAGCAAAAAAUUCUGAAACGGAAAAAGGCAAAUCGCAACGUAUCAUCCAGCAGUAGCGAUGAGGAGGAGGAGGAGGAGGAAGACGAACACCGGAGUGGGCGUAGCGGAAGCAAAAGUGGAGGCGCAGCAAACCGAACGAACGAAUUCACCAGCUCCGACACUAGCUCCUCCGAUGAGGAUGGCAAAAGAUUCGCGACUGUCCGAUCGAAGGCGAAACAUAUGCCCAACGCCAAAUUGUCGGCCACUGCCAAAGGCGGUAAAGAUGGCGGCCUUUUAACGAUAGCAACAGGAGGGGGACUGUUGUUGAGCAGGCCUCCGCUGUCGACCUCGACACCAGCCAAACAACCCGGUGCAUUCCCACCCUCAUCGUCGGCAGGGGACGGUGGACUUACGGCCGAAGGUGGCUCGUGCUCUAGCGACAAUGAACUGCCGGCUCUAGUCAGUGCAGCGAUCCGCCGGGUGGAGAGUGGAUCCGAUGCGGAAAGCAUCCGUGGCCUGUCCGCACCGACGCAACAGUACACGUCCAGCUUGCUGCGGGAUUUUGUGGUGAAAACACAGAUGCUCGGCACGGCCGGUGGAAACGCAGCCCUGGCAGGUGUUGGUGGAUCGGCCGCCAAUAGCGCUGUGGGCGGUGGAGGUGGUGGAGCAUCGCCAUCUUCCUCGUCUUCAUCGUCGUCGUCCUCGGGAUCAUCGUCCUCCUCGUCCUCCUCGUCGAUAGAGGAAGGAGCGGAUCCAGUGAUAGGCAGUGCCGGUCCCGGACCGGGCGGUGGUCCGUUCGAGCUGGACGUUCGUAAAAUCAAGACUGAAUCUCCCGUAGCAUCUUCCGCCGGUCGUAAUACGCCACUGGUAAACGGUGGUACGGCGGGCAUGAAAUCGGACUUACAAGUGCCACCGGCUCCGGUCGCGAAACGGCGCGGUCGUCCUCCAAAAUCUAGUUUGGCGAUCGUGCCGCCUGCGGUGGCUGGAGCAAGACCGUCCGCAUCAGCCCGAUCGGUCGCCAUUCCGACUGUGAUUGAAUCUCCCGAUUCGGGGAUUCUUUCGACGCACAGUUCCACUGGUUCGCCGAAAACGGACAAAACGAGACCCAAUUCACACACGAGAUCAGCCACCGGGACGAGCAGUUUGUCCUCGACGCGUCGCAGUAAAUCGGAAGUGCGAGGCGGAGAUGGUCCUAGCUUGAAUGCGGUUCUUCCCGCCGGUGGAAACACACUACCCGCACCACCAACAUCGUCCGGCAGUAGCACGCGAACGUCCAGCGCGUCAUAUUCACUGUCCUCCUGUCUCGAUCGCAACACGUACGCUACCGAGCGAGUUCUCUAUCCACCCCGCGGUCCUAAGAAGCGUGGCGUUGGUCGCCCGCCGAAGAAGGAUUCGGCGGCGCAACAGCAACAGUCAGCCGGUUCCGGCCGAGGGUCGGUAAAUGGACCGCCGCCCCAACCGGAGGAUCGUCUCGAUCCGCACUGGCAGAAGAUCGACAUUAGCAAAAAGUUUCACGAACCGCGGCUCAGUGGCUAUAAGAGCGAUGGUGGACAUUCGACCAUUUGCUGCAGCAAGCGGCUGGCCUCUCAAAGCGGGUACAUAAGCGAUUAUGGCGGUGUGGGUGCGAGUAGCGGCCGGAGUCGGCUUUCCGGCUACAAGUCGGACUACAGUACGCGGUCGCGAAGAAGCUGUAGUCGGGGGGCUGGAGGCUACCGGAGCGAUUACGGCAGGGCUAAGAGCUGCGGGUAUCGAAGCGAUUGCAGUACCAGACACAGGAAGCAGGUACGGCGAAAACGGCGCAAGAAAGUGGGCCACCAGCAGCAGCAGCAGCAGCAGCAGCAGCAACCACAUCAGCAUCCGCACGAACAGCAGCAUCACAACAAUAAUCUUAGCGAGCGCAAGAACUACAAUGCGUCCAGCGAUGGUGGCGGUGGUGGAGGAAGCACGAAAUCGGCCUCAGUCGGUGAGCUGGAGAUCAUGUUUAUGGCCGGACUGACGCUGGGCAGUACGAGCGAUGAGGAUAGCAGCAGUACGAGCAGCAGUACGAGCAGCAGCAGUGCGGAGAGUCGCGAGAGCUUACUUUCGGACCAUUCUGGCAUCGGCCGUCCGGAAAGUGUGGUAGACAAGGGUGGCAAACGGACGGCGGGGAGGCCGCCUGAAAAGGGCCGGAAGGGCAGUGCGAAAGAGCAGGAAAACCCGAAAGCUAGAGCACAGCGAACGCCCCGAAAACCGACGCCACCGAAAACGGUCGCCAAGGGGCGCGUUGCGAAAGCUGCCACGAGAGCCGGCAUUCGGGGCAAGAGCGCAUCCUGCUCCUCCUCCACGACUCCGACGAUUGAUAGGAGGCGGAAGUCUACCCACGCUAAGAGCAGCAAGGAAGAUGACCGAUCGGACGAGGACGUGAUAGGCCGUCGGCGGUUUGUUGGGGAGAGAAGUCGCUCGAAGCCUUCGCAAGCGAAGGAUCCGGCGCCACCACCGGCGAAACCUUCAAUCGCAGCGACGGCAUCGGUAGCGCUGAAGCAAAAAUCUUCCGCGCUGAUCAAGAAACCACCGGGCACACGCGGUCGUCCACCGUCGGUGAAAAAACCGCCCUCCGCAUCCGCAUCGGCUGCAUCGGCUGCCUCCUCGUCCGGCAAAUCGCUUGGCAGUCUGAACGCUUUGCUCGCGCCUAAGAAUCGCUCCACCCCCGUCAUUCCAAUCAACAACUUCGAUCGUGUGUUUGCGUCGAUGAGCAACAGCAAGGGACUGCAGCCACCGUCCGGUGCAUCGGCCAACGAGUCUCAAUCGGCCAUCUACACCUUCUCCAGCUCGACCGUGGGGUCAAAAAAUGCGUUCGCUACGUUUCUGCAACGGGGCGCAUCGGAAGGUGGCCCAAAGGACGACACCGAUGAGGGUGGCAAGCUGAUGACGGUCAAGAAGCUUCCCCUGUCGAAGGCGAACGUGAUCAAGAACUCGGAGGAGUGUAACCGUCGGUUUCAAAAGUCAAGCUCCUCGUUCGCGCUAACUGUCGGUGGUGGUGGAGGGAUUGCCGGAUCGGUCGAUCUGCUGGCGCGCAUUGCGGACGGUACGAUCCCGAAAGCGUCGCCCACGAAAUCCGUCUGCUCGAAGCGCAGCCGGAGGAAGAGCUGCACCAGCGACCGGUUGGAGGUGAUGUCGGUGAAAAGCUACGGCAUGAUUGGAAGCUGCGGAAAGAUUCGCCAGCGGCGCUUGAGCACGAUGAGCCGGUGCAGUAGCCGGUCGGCUGGAUCGAGGCAUGCUGCGGCUAGGAUGAGGCGGCGCAAGAAGCGGCUACGUUCGAUGUCUGUUGCGCCCGGGGCCACGUCCGAAAUGCUCAAUGCUGGCGGUGCCGCUACCGCGUCCGGACUCGAUCUGAAGUUCAACGUGGAGGUCGAUCGGCUGAGCGAAAGCUUCGGUGGAAUGUGUCGUAUCGUUGGAGGAACGAACGAAUCAGGGCCGUCGGUCAACACUGCUGACGAUCCGACAACAGCAACCGCUGCUCCUCCUCCUUCGGCAGCAGCAGCAACUGGAAGUAGCGGCAAAGCACAUCAAACGAAGCGUUCGGUGAAGAAGCGUAAAGCCUCGGAGCACGUGACGGAUUCGCCAUCGACGACCGGGGCAGGCAGUGCGGCGGGUGGUGGAGGUGCCGGUGGAACGAACGGGAAUGGAGGUGGAGGUGGGGGCGGUGGAACGGGCAAACGACGCAACAAGAAGUCCGUACCGACGCAGAGUCCGGACGAUCAUAAGCUUCCGCUGAAGAAGCGGCACUAUCUGCUGACGCCCGGCGAAAAGGGGAACAACAGUGAUAACAACAGUGGAGUGGACGAGGGGGGGGCUGGUGGUGGUGGUGGUGGUGGAGGUACUGCGACCGGAGCUGCCGGAUCCGGUGGUGGAAGUUCGGCCAGUGGCAGCUUUACCGGCAGUCAUACGGUGUUGAACCCGUGCGCCUUCACCAGCGGGCGUUUGUCGGCAAACGCUGGGGCGGCUGGUUCGUCUCUGUCCGGAGCUGCCACCAAAGCCGUCACCCCUAAGAAGCGCCACCUAUUGAAAUCGCCCGAGCCUGGUCCCGUUCCAAUUGACACGGAACUGCAGCUACAGCAGAUAAAGUCGAGCAAUUCUCCCUUGACGAUCGUCAACGGAGGCGUGGUGGGGUCCGGGGUUGGAGAUGCGGGAAGUUCGCCGUCGGAAGGCGGAGUAUCGGUUGGACGGAAGGGUGCGAGCGAGUUUGCCACCGGAACGGGGAGUCCUUCCAGCGCCAUCGGCCAUUCCAACACCGGAGCUGGUGGAGGCAAAAAGAAACAUAAUCGGCAGCAGGAAGCAUCAGCUGCGACGGGGCACACCGGUCCAGCCGAGGCUCACAGUUCCGCUGGAAGCCAUCAUCAUCACCAUCAUCAUCGUACAACACCACCGGCCCGACCGUCGGUCAUCCAAUCGUCAGCCUCGGUACUCCCGUCCGGGGCGGCUUCUGCCGGACGGGUCUCUUCGCCCUCUUCCUCUGGGCAGCCACCGCCGGGAGUGUUUGAACCAACCGUGGACCUGGAGCUCGUGAUACCACCUCCCACAUCGAUCCCCUCACUCAUCGCCAAGGUGGAGAUGCUCGAUUCACCCCGCCUGGGCAAGGAUUCGGCCAGUGCCGUCGGGUCCGGCCACGUCACCACCAAGCUCGAAUCGGAUGAACUGCAAGUCUUGACGGCAGCACAGCGAAAGGCUUCGUCCGUGGGCAGUGGGCUGCUCUCGACCGUCACCGCACCGUCCGCAGCAUCGGAGAAGGUGCUCGAGAAGCUGCUCACCAAAACCGGUGCCCAUCACUUGCUGCUGAAGAAAAAGCGCAAAAAACCCAACCGGACCGGCUUUCCCACGGUGAAGAAGAAGAAGAAGAAGGUGCCGGAGACUGAUCCACCGGACGAAGCGGUGAUCGAUUUGAAGCCGGAAGUGGGCCCGGAUCUAUUCGACUCGUCCAACCUAACGCGUCACGUACCUUCGGAAGCGGAAAAGAGCCGCCUGAAGGAAAAGCAGCAGCACCAGCAACAACAACACGCUGGCAAGAACGCUUCCUGCGAUCGUGUGCCGAAGGAGGGCGAGCCGACGGAUAGCUUCAUCGAGCGACACACGGGAGUGGGACGGCCGCGCUUGUCCGUGGUUAGUUUGGAGAAGUUGCAGGGUAAACUACCGCUCGCGGCGGGCAGCCGUGAUGUAGCCACCACUCCACCGGCGACUGGUGGUCGGGGUCGCAAAUCGGUCAUAAAUCCGCUGGCUCCAGAACACCAGCUGACGGCUAGAGCGCAGGAGCGCGGUCGUAAGGAGGAGGCGUCAGCGACAGUGGUCGCGAGACGGAAAGGAAAGCGAAAGCAUGAAACGCAGAAGGCGCUACCGGAGACCGGCGCUAGCAAGCGCAAGGGAGCGCUGGAGCUUGCGAGCUCCGCACACCGUCGUCCGACAAAGGAACGCAAUCGCAGCAAGAGCGUUUCGGCAUCGACUGAACAGCUUCCGAACAUCGUCCGGCUAGGGGAGGCCCUGUCGAAGGGUGCGGCUAAGGAGAACAAGGAAAACAGUAAGCUACCUCCUGGGAGACCGCCUUCGACGGCGGGGAAGAAAUCCAGCAAACCGCCGGAACCCGUCUCGAGUGCCGACACAUCUCCAGAGGGUGCAGGAGUUAUUCGGCGUACGCGCAGCGCCUCGAUAGCGCUUGACCCGGCGGAGGUGAAGAAGCUCCAGCAAGACGCUGAAGAUCCCGCCGGCAAGGGGACGUCCCACUCGAGUACUCCCGUUCGGCUACACUCGGCAAUGCACAACGAGGAUUCGACGUCGCUGGACUCGAUGCCGCUGUUGAAGCGUAUCCAUUCGCGGGCCAUCUCACGCUUGCAGUCGGUGUCGACGCCCACCGUGCUGCUGGAACCGUUGGCGACCUCGCCGAAAACUCCCGGACGGCCACGGGGUCGUCCCCGGACCACUUCCCCCAUCACGGCAACGGAAACACCGCAUUCGCCAACCACUGGCCGUGGACGGCCGCGGACAGCGCUAGCGAUCACUGGCAACACUUCAUCCACUUCGCUGGAGCGUGCUUCAUCGUCUCCCCUGUCCUCACCAACGUCAAGCCCGAUUGUUGGAGUUGUGCCCGUGGGCAGAAAGAAGCAAAAGCGAGAUGGUCGUAAAUCUGUCCCUCCCGCUAUUGCCGAAUCAAUCGAUAGCGCUCAUCUGGCGACCAGGAUAAGCUCCUCCUCCAAGUCGGUAACACCGACACCACCACCCGGAACCGUGAUUCCAGCACGCUUGAAGCGUGGUAAAAGUGACGAACUGCUGCGAGCGCACCAGCUCGAAAAGCCAGCCAAAAAGGCGCGCAAGGACAACGCUUCCACCGAGCCAUCGCCCGAGGCGGUAUCUGCAGCGUCCAGGCAGCGACUGCCGAUCGUGGAACCAGUCGAGCCGGAAGAAACGGCUGGCCACAUCCUGCAACCGGCUAGCUCCACCGAAGAGCUAGAGCACGAUCCCCUUCCACCGGACGAGGGACCGUCCGACUUCCUGCGCCUAAGCGACACACCAUCGCCUACCUCUUCCGCAGAAACGCGCGAUCUUCCCGCCGGCGGUGGAGCGUCUGGCGGGGGGCAACGCGUUGCAAGUAAAAAGCUUCCGCGCAAGAAAUACAUCACGGCGGGUCUAUUCUCCGACUGCUACAAGGACGAUGGCACCGGUGGUGGUGGUGGGGGGGAGGGUCGUGCGGGGCCGAAAACGCCACCGGAAACGUUGCUUCCACCGCCAGCGUACUGUGAGCGCUUUUUGCGCCGCACCGUGCGCGACUUCCAGCUGCCGUACGAUCUGUGGUGGUUGCAGGAGAACGGUAAGCUGCCCGGCAGGAACGCCGUGCCGAGCUGGAACUAUCGCAAAAUCCGCACCAACGUGUACUACGACGUAAAGCCGAACCCUUCGACGGAUAAUCCGCAGUGCAAUUGUAAGCCGGACAGCGGGUGUCAGGACGAUUGUCUGAAUCGGAUGGUGUACACCGAGUGUGUGCCGGAGCACUGUCCGUGUGGGGAUCGCUGUCGCAAUACGAGCAUCCAGCGCCAUGAGUAUGCACCGGGGCUGGAACGGUUCAUGACGGAGGAGAAGGGAUGGGGCAUACGGUCGCGGGAACCAAUCGGCAAGGGAAGCUUCAUCAUGGAGUAUCUCGGGGAGGUGGUGACGGAGCGAGAGUUCAAGGAGCGUAUGCGCACGCUGUAUCUGAACGACACGCAUCACUACUGCCUGAACCUGGACGGGGGUCUGGUGAUCGACGGGCAUCGGAUGGGGAGCGACUGUCGGUUCGUGAACCAUUCUUGUGCACCGAACUGCGAGAUGCAAAAGUGGUCCGUGAAUGGAUUGUUCCGGAUGGCACUGUUCGCGUUGCGUGACAUCGCGCCGAACGAGGAGCUGUGCUACGAUUACAACUUCAGCCUGUUCAACCCGUCCGAGGGACAACCGUGCCGCUGCGGCUCGGAACAGUGUCGCGGUGUGAUUGGGGGAAAGUCCCAGCGCAUCAAACCAAUCCCGCUGGGUUCGUCGUCCGGUGCGGGAAGUGCGGGACAUCGCAAUCCUGCUGAAGCCGGGGCCGACCCGGAUCCAGCCAAGUCUGGAGGUGCUGAUGGAUGUUCGGGAGGAAAUGGAGCCGGCAGUGGUGGCACGCUGGUGGUUGAGUUGAGUCCACGCAGUGCGGCCAGAUCGCGCAAACGCCAGGCGAAGAAGAAUCAACCGAUGGUGCAUCUUAACGGUACACCUCUGCCAACAUUCCAUCCACCGACGGUUAAAGAGCGGGCGCUAAUCGCCGAACAUCACUGCUUCUUGCUGCGCAAUCUUAACAAGAUCCGGCGCCAGAAGGAACGGACCGCAGCUGCAGCCGUAGUGUCGGCGGGUGGUGCAGCGACUGGUGGACCGGGAGCAUCGACAGCCGAUGGGACAGCCGGGGCAGCGUGCUCGGGAGCAGAUCAAGCUAGUUCCGGCAAACCGUCGCUGGCCUCGCAGAUAUCUGCGCUACGCUGUCCACGCAACAUCCGGACGCGAGGGCUCGCCUUCGUCGAAGAUGACCCGGAGCUGGAGAAGACGGCACGGAUCGCUGUGGCGCUGAAGGAUAUAUGCACCGAAAUUGCCACGCUCAAAGACGAUAAAGGACUUCCGUACAUCGGUAAGCUUCAGCUACCGUCGAAGAAGAAAACUCCACUGUACUACGAACGUAUCCCGAAACCGAUCGAUUUGCCGCAGAUCGAGACCAACAUCGAGCAGGGCGUGUACCGGAUGCCGAAGGUGUUCGAGGACGAUCUGCUGAUCAUGCUCAGCAACGCGAUCAAGUACUACGGCAUCAACUCCCCGGAAGGGAUCGCUUCGGAAGCGCUCAAAUCCCACUACUACACCUGCAAACAGCAGCAGGUGCCGAAGCUGCAGGCCUACAUCGGCGAGGAGAACGAGCUGCUGCGUGGCUUCGUGCCGAAGAAGGAACCGGACGAGGAAGCGGUCGGGGCGGCGAAACCGAAACGAGGCCGCCGGCAGGAGCAGACGGAAGACAUUAUACGCUGCAUCUGUGGGCUGUUCAAGGACGAGGGUCUCAUGAUCCAAUGCUCCAAGUGUCUCGUCUGGCAGCACAUCGAGUGCACCAAGGCCGACCCGGCGGUGGAGAACUAUCUGUGCGAGAAGUGUGAACCGCGCGAGGUAAACUACGAGAUUCCGCUGAACGAGUUCACCGAGGAAGGUUUCCAGUACUACAUCUCGCUCAUGCGCGGCAAGCUGCAGAUUCGUCAAACGGACACGGUGUACGUGUUGCGGGACAUACCGAUGUCACCCGAUCCGGAAAAUCCGAGUGCACCCGUGCGGAAACACACGUACGAAACGAUUGGCAAAAUCGAGUACAGCGAGUGUGACAUCUUUCGCGUGGAAAGUCUGUGGAAGGAUAAGGAGGGACGACGGUUCGUGUACGGCCAUCACUACCUGCGGCCGCACGAGACGUACCACGAGCCGACGCGGCGCUUCUACCCGAACGAGGUGAUGCGCGUGCCGCUGUACGAGGUGAUCCCGAUCGAGCUGGUGGUCGAUCGGUGCUGGGUGCUGGAUCCGAUCACGUUCUGCAAGGGACGGCCGGUCGACAGUUCCGAGCCGCACGUUUACAUCUGCGAGCUGCGCGUCGAUAAGAGUGCGCGCCUGUUUUCCAAGAUCUCGCGCCACUCGCACCCGGUGUGCAUGAAGUCGUACGCGUUCCACAAGUUUGAGCAGAAGCUUAAAAUAGCAAAAACAUUCGCGCCCCACGAUCUUGGUUCGUUGGCCCAUUUGCUUGCGAUACGCGACAGGCAAAGGAAGGGCUCGAAGAAGGACGAAGCGAAUGGGGGCCAAACGGCGCCGGGAUCGGCCGGUAGCGCUGGUUCUGGCGGUGGUGGGUUCAGUGCAGCCGGAGGAAGCCAUUCGAGUGGAUCGAAGAAGAUGACACCGAUCGUACAGCUGCUGCCGCCGCCGCCGAAGACUGGCUUGAGCACAGAACGAACCCACGCGGUUCAACCUCCGACGGUGGAGGCAAAGCCGGGCAGAUCCAAGACGCUGGCAGAGAAACGGAACCGACUGGAGCAGGUGCUGUGCCGGUUAAUGCAGAAGCUCGCCCUCAACCCGAACGCACUGCCGGCGGUGGACAUAUCGUACCUGCUGACCGGGCGCGGUGCCCGGCUCCGCCGCACCAACAACUCGACCCCGGUGCCGGUUAUUUGAGAGUGGGUUCGCAAGAGGAGAAAGCGGCGUCGCAAAUGGAAGCGAUGCUACGACUGAGCGCUCGACUGCUUCAAGCAGCUCAGCAUGGUUUCUCCUCGCGCACACCGCGCUUGUCACGCACCGGCGCAUGGAACCGACGACAAACAGACCAUUGCAAGCCAUUUCCUUUCACCGGCUAGACUCUCUCCUACGGCGGAUAGGGGCACUGUUGUUACGGAUUGUGUACAGCUAAGAAGGACGACUCGCAAGUGUAAAUGGACCCCAUACAAGGUAGCAAAAUGCCCCUUCUGGUGGGAGGGUUCUCUCGGGUGAAAGAGAGCGGGUUUUGGCGGGACAGGAGGCUGAUAGAAAGUUGGAGAGAGCAUAGAGUAUGCUUCCCCUCGUAAAAAUCAAACACAUCCCAAAGAAAGGAUGCAAAUGCGAAUAAGAAAUCACGAGAUUUAUUAUCCCAUACUCACACUUUUACCAUACAUACGUACACACACACACUCAUACAUAUACUCAUCUCACAAACCCUGCAACACUCCGCUCGACGUAAGCUGCUGUACCUUACAUUAACUAAUUUUCUUUUUGUUUAAUUCGCUAUAUUUAUUAUUGUUAAACGCGAUUAGGGUUUUUUGUUGGCAUUUGUUCCCCCGCCCCCUCUCUGUUUUAUAAAUGACUGCCUCCCGCAAUUCGUACACCCCCCCUCCCCCCGUGUAUUGUUAUUUAUUUGUACGAACAGGCAACAGGCGGGCAAAGUUGAGGGGCAAGAUUUCGCUUUUCCUUUUGUUUUUUUUUUGUUUGCGUCCGUUAUACUAUUUGGUGUAGAAAGUUUGUUAUAAUAAUUAUAUAUUAAUUUUACCUUAACUACACACAACCCCCCUUUUUGUACCUUUUGACCUUCAUACUAGUGUGUAAGUGUAACCGGAAUAGGGAACGAUUUGUGCCACUGCUGCUGCUACACAAGAGAGAGAGAGAGAGAGAGGGGGGGGGGGGGGGCGGAAAGUGCAUAGACACAGUUAUUUGAAUUUAGGGGGAAGGAAUAGGGCCGAAAAGGAAUCUGCAAAAAAAGAAACCAAGCCGAUGCGGAUGUUAAAACUGUAAAUACAAAAGCAAACGGGCGCCAUUACCGAAGCCAAGGAUAACGAUAUUAGGUGGUACAAGAUUAACAGAAACGAAAGCGAUCGAAGGUGUUUCGGUUGCGGCACGUAAAAAUCUCCUCUUUUUACGCACACUCCCCCCGCGCAAAUCGAAUGGACUGGAUAAUUGUUAGGCAAAAUAGGCAUUAGGAGGGAGUGUUUGUGUAAAGCGAAACAGCGACGAAGCGAAAAAAAACGAAAUACAUCUAUUUUUCUGCCCCAAUAGUAGUAGUAAUAGUGGAAGACACACUCGCACACACACACACACACACACAAAGCACGGGAACAUUUGGAACCAGCACACACAGAGCAUAAUAACGCCGCAAAGGAUAGCAAUUUAAUAACUUAUAAAGAGCACGACGUUGGUCUCCGCUAAGCGAGACGCGGCGUACGUUAUUCUAAUAGUACUCUGGUAGUAAUAAAGCACGCUUUACUACACCUUUCCAACACAGGUGAGUUGGUGUGCGUGUGUGAAGGACGGAAGGGUGUGUAAGAUGCUUCAUGCUCUAGUUUAAAUGAAAGGUUUGAUAAUGGAUAGAGUGAGAGGCUUACCACAGUGCAGUGGUGGUAGUAGGAUUGUAAGGGAUUAGGGUAAAAGAAGGAGAAGAAAAAAACAGGAAAUCGUGGUGCUAGACAGGAAAUUAAUUAAACACACACACACACCCCCGAGCACACUGCAGCAGCACUGAAAGCCACCGGUGCUUUCUACUCUUCUCUGGAAAUAAAACAAAACCCCCCAUCUCCCCAUCGCUUUUGGAUCUUUGUUCAGAAGUGAAUUAAA